AUGCCUCCAGUAUGGUCAUCCUGGCAGGAAAAGCUCCAGCACGAGUGCAGCAGUUUCAGAUACAACUUGGAUGCCCAGGCCCAUAUCCUUCAGCACGAUCCAGAUCGUCGAGGAAAGGAGCGCCACACGGAUAUCUCUCGGGCGGUAGUAAAGCUAACUGGUCAGGCGGAUGGGAUCAUAGAUAUUGCACUCCGUACGGUUACCGAGGCUCCGGAUAGCGAUAUUAUUCGUCGGAAUACUACCUUUUGGUGCCGUGAGGAGGAUGGUCGUUACAAGUUCGAGAAUGUUUUCUUGGGCAUGGAGCAUGACUUGAUCAAUAUAGUAUUGGCUCUUAAAAAGGACCCGUGUCAGUGCGAAUGCAAUCGGAUGGGUGCGCGUCUUGAUAGAAUCGCACGGAAGGCCAAAAAGAAAUCUCUCCCUCGGGGAAUCGAACCCCGGUCUCCCGCGCUUAUCGGUAUUAAUGACAAGCGGAAAUCAUCACCACUAGACCAAGGAAGAUGUAGCCGAGUUACUGCUCGGCCAUUGGAAUGGUUGAUGGAAAGGCAGGCAAUCUUGAUCUUAUGA